AUGAACCUUGGGAGCAGACGUGCGCUGACCCAGCUUGUCCGGCGAUAUGCCAACCGGACACUGGUUUUCGGGCCGCGACGAUACUCAUCGACAUUCGAUACUAGAGAAUGGUCUACGCCACUGGCUCGAACCUUAGCCAAUGCCAUCAAAGUUACCGGUCCGAUUCCCAUUGCGGCGUUCAUGCGUCAAGUCCUCACGUCCCCCGAGGGUGGCUAUUACACGACUCGACCCGAAGGCGACGGGGAAGUGUUCGGCAAGAAAGGUGAUUUCGUCACUUCGCCAGAGAUAUCCCAGGUUUUCGGUGAAUUGGUCGGUGUGUGGACAAUAGCAGAAUGGAUUGCGCAGGGACGGACACGCAGUGGGGUUCAAUUGAUGGAAGUUGGGCCGGGCAAGGGGACAUUGAUGGAUGACAUGCUUCGUGCACUCAGGAACUUCAAGACGUUUACGUCGAGCAUCGAAGCGAUCUAUCUGGUGGAAGCUAGUGCUACGCUUCGAGAGGUCCAAAAACAGCGACUCUGCGGCGAUGCCCCCAUGGUGGAAACUGACAUCGGUCACAAGAGCACCAGCAAAUAUUUCGACGUCCCGGUGGUCUGGGUGGAAGAUAUCAGGUUGUUGCCUCAUGAUGAAAGCAAGACGCCGUUCAUAUUCGCACAUGAAUUCUUUGACGCCCUUCCAAUGCACGCCUUUGAAUCCGUUCCUCCUUCUCCCGAAAACACCCCCCAGCAGAAGGAAAUCAUGACGCCUACUGGUCCAAUUACACUGAACGAACCGCAGAAGCCCGCCAACACCCCCCAGUGGCGCGAGCUAAUGGUCACCUUGAACCCCAAAGCCGUUGAUGAGAACCAGCCCGGCGAGCCCGAAUUCUCUCUAACCUUAGCGAAAGCCUCAACCCCGUCGUCUCUUGUCAUUCCCGAGAUCUCCAAACGGUACCAAGCGCUCAAGUCCCAGCCUGGGUCCACAAUUGAAAUCAGCCCGGAAAGUCGCAUCUAUGCAUCAGACUUUGCACGGAGGAUUGGUGGCUCGUCGCAACCCCCGCGGACCGCUACUCGAGAGGGCUCCUCCGCUCCUCCGGCAACCGCCAAGCGUGUUCCGUCUGGUGCGGCUUUGAUCAUGGACUACGGAACCAUGUCCACGAUUCCCAUCAACUCUCUGCGCGGCAUCCAGAACCACCAGAACGUGCCCCCGCUUUCGUCCCCUGGACAGGUCGAUGUUAGCGCCGACGUCGACUUUACUUCGCUGGCGGAAGCAGCCAUCGAAGCAAGCGAGGGUGUGGAAGUUCAUGGUCCCAUGGAGCAAGGAGACUUCCUGCAGAGCAUGGGUAUCGCAGAGCGCAUGCAGCAGUUGCUCAAGGGCAUCCAAGACGAGGAAAAGCGGAAAACUCUGGAAAGCAGCUGGAAGCGCUUGGUCGAGAAGAGUGAAGGCGGCAUGGGCAAGAUCUACAAGGUCAUGGCCAUCAUCCCAGAGAACAGUGGCAAGCGUCGUCCUGUCGGAUUUGGCGGGGGUAUCUAG